AUGCCAUUCCAGGAGCGAUAUCAUAAGCACAAGCACAUGGGCCUGACACAAGUUGACCGUAGAACGCGUAAAGAGUUCGCGCCCUUGUAUAUCAACGGUCAUUACUUCCACUUCUCCCAACUAGCUCACUUCUACCGUUCAGGUCUCGCUGGCAAGAACGAUGCAUAUCCCGCCUUAGUCCGCCUCCUAUCCAUGAUCAAAAAAGGACGGCUUAGACGACCAGCGGCAAUGGAGUUCGACUCGCCAAACCCAGGUCUCGACGUAACACUCUUAUUCCGACUAGACCCGUAUAACUGCGAUGUCACAGGCCGCUGGUUCCUCGACACAGAAUACAAGAGCCACAAAAACGGCCUCAUCACCGGCGUUCUGUGCCGCAUGCUCGCAUGUCUGCCUUCAUGGCACCAUCUGUUGGAGCCGGGAGCCAUCACCAAGAUCAGCAUCUCGAAAUCCAGCUACCGGAGUGGCAAACCGUUCAUCCUCGUUACGGUGGAGCUCGACUCUGAGAUCGAAAUCUCGCGCGCUGCCAUCCGGACCGGCGGCGUCCCACAAUUUUUUGAGGGUGAAGUGUGUUUGGAGAGGCGAGAGAUGUAG